AUGGCGCCGAAAGCAGAGAAGAAGCCCGCCGAGAAGAAACCCGCCGCCGAGAAAGUGCCAGCGGCCGAGAAGGCUCCUGCGGAGAAGAAGCCGAAGGCUGGCAAGAAACUCCCGAAGGAAGGCCCGUCCGAGAAGAGGAAGAAGAGGGCGAAGAGGAGCGUGGAGACGUACAAGAUCUACAUCUUCAAGGUGCUGAAGCAGGUCCACCCGGACAUCGGGAUCUCGAGCAAGGCCAUGGGCAUCAUGAACAGCUUCAUCAACGACAUCUUCGAGAAGAUGGCCCAGGAGGCGUCGCGGCUCGCGAGGUACAACAAGAAGCCGACCAUCACUUCCCGGGAGAUUCAGACCGCCGUGAGGCUUGUGCUUCCCGGCGAGCUUGCCAAGCACGCCGUGUCGGAGGGGACGAAGGCGGUGACUAAAUUCACUAGCUCUUGA